AUGUUCGCCCGAAAUGCCCUGCGAUUGACAACUCGCGCCCGUCCACCUGUUGCGCGCUCCCGCAAUGCUCUCGGUCACCGGCCCUCUCAACCGCAAUGCCGGCGCUUUUCGGCCAGCACCUCUUCGACAGCGCCUUCGCCCGUUGCGCAGGGCACGGGGAUAGGCGCGCUCGCGCCCUUUGUUUCUGAGCUCGAUAACCUAGCGCCUGCCUUCGACAUCAAGGGGUCAGAUGUGAGCAUCCUUCGCACGCCAGCCGAGUUUUACGAAACGCUCAAGGACCGGAUCCGGAAGGCUGAGAGGCGGGUGUUCUUGUCGACCUUGUACAUUGGAAAGUCGGAACAGGAGCUGAUCGAUACCCUGGCCGAAGCGCUAAGGAAGAACCCAAACCUCACCGUGAGCGUCCUUACCGAUGCGCUAAGAGGAACGCGCGAGGCGCCCAAUCCCUCCUGUGCCUCGCUCCUCGCGCCCCUCGUGGAAGAGUUUGGCAAGGACCGCGUCGAAAUCCGAAUGUACCACACGCCGAACCUGACGGGGCUACGCAAGAAGUAUAUACCUACAAGAAUCAACGAGGGAUGGGGAUUGCAGCACAUGAAGCUCUAUGGAAUGGAUGAUGAAAUCAUAUUAUCGGGGGCCAACCUUUCCUCCGAUUAUUUCACUGACCGACAGGAUCGGUACCACCUACUCCGAUCUAAAGACGUCACAGAGUAUUUUUGGAAUAUCCACAAAGGUGUUUCGUCCUUUAGCUUCCUCGUCGCGCCUGCUACCCAGGAUCCGGCUGGCUUCCAACUUACCUGGCCCACCUCGAACGGCGGCCCCUCCCCGCUCGAGGCCCCCUCCGCCUUCGUACGGCACGCAUCGGCGGUCCUGAAGCCGCUCAUCACGCCCAGCUCCGCUCCCGCCGCCGUCCCCGCCGAGAAGACGUCCAGCCGGGAGGUGCUGGAUACGAGGAUAUACGUGCUCGCACAAAUGUCUCAGCUCCUCCGGCCUGACAUCUCGACGGAGCUGCCUGCUAUAACCCACAUCCUUCGGACCCUGGCGCGUCCCGAGGGGCCAAAAUACCAUCAUUACCGCCUCCCCUACGCCAAUGGCUUCUACAAGAGCCCUGGCGUCUCGGGUCUCCUUCCGGGGGCGUACACCGUCCUCCUCCGUCGCUUCCUUGAUGCCGUGCACAUCUCGCGUCGCACGGAUAUACAGGCGAUGGAGUGGCGCCGCGGUACUGUCGGCGAGCCCGGAGCGUGGACAUACCACGCUAAAGGUCUCUGGAUCUCCCUACCGCGCGAGGCCAGACCAUCUAUGACGCUUGUCGGCAGCUCAAACUACACCAAGCGCAGCUACUCGCUGGAUCUCGAAGUCGGCGGUCUCCUCGUCACGCGGGACGAAGACCUGAAGAGAAGGCUGGCCGAGGAAAAGGAGUGGCUUACGGAGCACGCCGCAGUCACAACAAGGGAUGACCUCUGCAAGUCGGAGAGGAGAGUCGGCAUCAAGGUGAGGAUUGCAAUGCUGCUUGUCAAGCUUGCUGGGGAGCCCUGUAAAAGGUUUGCCACCCGCCGAGCGCCGUUUGUUUCUUAG